CGCAUUUUCCUCUAUUACGCACGAGAUCAGGGGAAUGCGGAUGUAAAGUUUGUUGCAGCGGAAGCAGUUAAUUUAGAAGUUCUCUGUUCGAUCACUCUGACUGAAGCGGGAACGACCUCCCCGCAAGUGUUCAUCCCUCCAGGAGAACCUCUCGAUAUUUGGGUACUAGGUUUGCCAGAAGAAGCAGCCAUCGAAGUGAAUUGGAUUUUUCCUGCCACUGGGGAAGACCACAUCAGCGGGUUUCUUGUCUUGUUCAGAAGCGAUAGCGAUCCUCCAGAGAACUGGCAAUGCAGUCAAGCGGUUUUACCACCCAUCAGGAUCUUCGAUCUUGUUCCUGGAAAGAGGUACCACUUCAAGGUGAGUGCCACAAGCCGUCUUGGAAUUGGACCAUUUAGUCCUACUGUCAUCUGGGACUUCCCCUUAGCUCAGGCGCGAGAGCAGACUUUACAUCACGUUAUUCCCCCAUCAGCGUCACUGAAGCCUCCCAUGUCGCCCUUACAAACUCCUCGGACACCAGCAAUUUAUUUAAAGGAGAAGGGAAUAAACAUUUACCAAGGUAGGCCUUCAUUAUAUGAAACCCGCGUAGUGGAUAUAAUGAGGGAUCUGGGAAAUCGGACGGCCAUGUGUAAAUUACCAUUUGAAUCGACUCAUGAGGAGCGACCGGAAAAAGUAAUCAUACUCCUCGGUGCUACGGGAGCAGGAAAGAGCACUCUCGUGAACGCAUUUGUAAAUCACUUUUAUGGAGUGCAGCGGGAAGACCCCUUCCGACUGGUAUUGAUCCCUGAAAACGAAAGCGGAAAACCCAUGAGUGAGAGUCAGACGUCCUGGAUCACAGCCUACACCUUUCCCUGGCAAGAGGGAUGCCAAGCUCCCUACAACCUCACUAUCGUAGACACGCCUGGAUUUGGAGACACCAAGGGAUUAAUAGGGGACAAGAACAUCACGACUCAGCUGCAGACAUUCUUCGCCAAGGGAAAACCGGAAGGCUUGGAUCAUGUAGAUGGGAUCGGAUUCGUGCUUCAGGCAUCUAACGCCAGAUUGACCCCCACUGAGAAAUACAUCUUCGACUCCAUUCUGUCAGCGUUCGGGAAGGAUGUCAUAAAAAAUAUUUAUCUGAUGAUCACAUUUGCAGACAGCAAGAGUCCACCUGUUCUUGAAGCUGUCAAGGAAGCCAACAUACCCUUCGUGGAAUACUUUUGCUUCAAUAAUUCGGCCUUGUUUACGUCCAACGAAGCGAAGGACUCCCGAGAUCUUCGAUUCGAUACUAUGUUUUGGAAACUGGGAGCGAAGAGUUUCUCUAACUUCUUUGACAGAUUCCGGCAAUCUAAGCCUGUCAGUCUCCAGCUUAGCAACCAAGUCCUGAAGGAAAGACAUGCUCUUGAAGCGACCAUCCAAGCGAUCCAGACUCGAAUUCAAUAU